GAUGCCAUUGGUUAUGCAGUCUUAGUACUCAUAGCUAACAGUACUAGGCGCAAUAGUGAUACAUGAAUUUUAUCCAGGGUUUGUUUAGAUCGUACUUAGUAGUGACUCGAUAAGGGCAAAGUUUAAGUGUUAUUUACAUUGCUCAUUGCGUAUCCCUCCCCACCAAGCUGAGCCGGCGGGACCAGCGUCGUUGAGACUUAGUCUUAACCCAAUACCCUGACUGGCCUGCCCGAGGCCCAAGAACCUAGGGUUUCAAAUAUUCAUACAAUUAAAUAAAAUAAUAAUAUGAAGAUCCAAUUGUUUUUGGUGACAGUUGUGAUACAUUGUUCGUUGGCUGAAUAUUAUAAAUCAAAGCCAAGCUUCAUAAACACUUGUAUGAAAAGUGAUCCAGAUUUUGACGACUGUUCAAGGGACGCGGUACAACAGCUUUUCAACGCGUUAGGACCAGGGCUGCCAGAAAUAGACUUGCCGCCAAUAGAUCCUUUAAAUAUUCCAAAACUGAGGAUAUUGCAAGGCGAAGGGCCGGUUAACAUAAAUGCGGCGCUCGACAAUGUUGUAGUAACAGGUUUUGGUAAAACAGAAGUGCUACAUAGCCAAGUCGACGGUAAAUCUUACGAUUUUUAUACUAAAGUUCGGGUUCCAAAGAUAAGAAUUGAAGGCACCUACGAUCUUAAAGGAAAAAUAUUAUUAAUACCAUUAGUUGGUCGUGGUUUGUGUUGGUUUGAGCCAAGUAACAUGACAAUAGAUAUUGUAAGCGAUGUUAAGAUGUACGAAAAAGGUGGUUUUCCAUUCUUCAAUGUAACGCAAGUGCAUGUAAAAUAUAAUAUUGGAGGUCUAAAGUUACAUAUGGGUAACUUGUUCGACGGAAUAUCGUCACUUGAGGAUAGCACAAACGCGUAUUUAAACGCUAAUUGGAAGCCAGUAUCUGAAUCGUUGAGACCGAUAUUAUCGAAAACCAUUGAAGAUAUCCUUCUUGGAUUUAUGCAACGAAUAUUUCACAAUUUACCAGCUAACUUCAUGAUUGGAGAUUUAAAAACUAAUUUAUUGAAAAGGAACACAGACAAAGAAGUGAACGACUAGAUCGAAAUGAUUUAAUUAACUUCAAUAAUAAAUUUCAAAUAGACUGUGUGAUUAGUAAUUAAAAAAAAAACUCGAGCUUCACAUUUUUUAACACACUUUUUUAUAAAAAGAAAAUACAUGAUACUUUUGAAGUUUUAAGUAUAAGUUGAGUUUUGUUUAAUUUUUAAAUUAAAAUAAAUUGUAUAUAAAAUUAUUUUAUAUGACUGACGAAUUUU